AUGGAUCUGGCCUCGUCUUCGGCCGUUGCGGCCGGCAUGGAACAAGAUUGCAAAGGCACCGGCGAGUUUCUAUGCAAUGGUGGAGAGCCGGCCGAAGAGUCUUCAGGACUCCAAGUGACAAUCUCCACUCUGGCCGGAAGUACAGCUGCCGAGCUACAGGUGAAGCCUUCUGACACUGUGCUCAGCCUGAAGCAGCUGCUCUGGGUCAGGACAGGCACCGAAGUGGCAAAGCAGCGCCUGAUCCUUGGGGAGACGGAGCUGGAAGACGUGCAGACCAUGGAGCAGUGCAAGGUUGCUGACGGCGCAAAGCUUUGCUUGGUCUGUGUGCCCACUGCAGAGGACCAACAGAACAGAAUGGAGGUGAUUGUGCGCUGCCGUCCUCCCCGCGCUAGAGAUGUGGAGAUUGGGUCCCGCAGAGUCGUCGAAGUCGACGGAUCCCGUGGCGACGUCAGUGUGGCUGAUGUCGGCGACGGGCCGCCUAGGACCUUCACGUUCCAGACAGUUCUGGAUGACACCGCGAAGCAAAGCGAGGUGUACAAGACGGUUGGCCGCGAUGCCUUGCAGACGGUCCUCGAGGGCUACAGCACCACCAUCUUCGCGUACGGCCAGACCGGGUCCGGGAAGUCCCACACCCUGUUUGGAGGCGGCCUCGCUGAGCCGGCACAGGAGGAGGAGGGCCUUGCGCCGAGACUCUUCCGACAGCUCUUCCAAAUCACUGAGACUUUGCCUACGAUGUGCAGUGGAGAAUCAGCUGCGCCAUGCUGCAGAUCUACAUGGAGGAAGUGGUGGACCUGCUGUCCCCCAAUCCUCGCAAGACGAAGAAGGUGCGGGAAGCUCACAGCAGGGGCGGCGUCUACGUGGAGGAGGGCACCGACAUCGAGGUCCGAUCGUUGGCGGAGCUGA